AUGGCUGGGCGCUGCCCUAUGGCCGUGGGCCUCGACAAGGGCCACAAGGUGACGGAGAACGUGAGCAAGCGGAGGCCCAGUCGCCGCCGCGGGCGCCUCACCAAACACACCACGUUCGUGCGGGACACGAUCCGGGCGGUGUAUGGCUUUGCACUCUACGAGGGAAGGGCCAUGGAGCUGCUCAAGGUCUCCAAGGAGAAGCGGGCACUUAAGAUCACCAAGAAGCGGGUGGGCACACACAACUGGGCCACGAGGAAGAGAGAGGAGCUGAGCAACGUGCUGGACGCCAUGAGGAAGGCCGCUGCCAGGAAGGAUUGA